AGUACAGCACAGGAUACUUUAUGCAAGCUUCUGAGCUAUAUCAACCCUUCAGAUUCCCCCUUCCUCUCUAUAAUUCUUUUCUUCUCCCCAACAACUGAAGACCAAAAACUGUACAAAUCUCCUCUUCUUCCACACCCUAUUCCUUCUUUUCAUUUAGCUCUCUCAGGAUGUCAAAGACGCCUCUUUUUCUGCUCUUCUUCACUCUCCUCCAUGGCUUCUCUCCUUCAAGCUCGGAGCCAUACCUUGGCGUCAACUACGGCGAGCUCGCGGACAACCUCCCGCCGCCGGCGUCCACCGCCCACCUUCUCCAAUCCACCGUUUUCUCCAAUCUUCGCCUAUACAACGCCGACCCCGCCGUCAUCUCUGCCUUCUCCGGCACCGGUAUCUCCCUACUCCUCGGCGUCUCUAACUCCGAUAUUCCCUCCCUUGCCGGCGACCCUUCCGCCGCCGCCGCCUGGGUAUCCACCAAUCUCCUCCCCUUUCUCCCCUCCACCUCCAUCUCUGCCGUAUCUGUCGGGAAUGAAGUCCUAAACUCCGGCGAUUCUUCUCUUUCCUCUCUCCUCCUCCCAGCCAUGCAAAACCUCCACGCAGCCAUCGCCGCUGCACCCUCCGCCGCCUCCGUAAAGGUCUCUACUGUACAUUCCAUGGCCGUUCUUUCGCAAUCAGACCCGCCGUCCGCCGGCGCUUUCCACUCCGACCUCGCCGCAACACUUCAACCCAUCCUCCAGUUUCUCAGGGAUAACAAUUCCCCAUUCAUGAUAAAUCCUUACCCGUACUUCGCCUACCGUAGCGACCCACGGCCCGAGACCCUCACGUUUUGUCUUUUCCAGCCCGGCCCGGCCCGAUAUGAUCCGGGCUCUGGGAUUCCUUACACCAACAUGUUCGACGCUCAAGUUGACGCAAUUCGGGCCGCGCUAAGGGCCGCCGGGUUCGCCGGCCAAGAGGUGGUGGUGGCGGAGACAGGGUGGCCUUAUAAAGGUGACGACAACGAGGUCGGGGCGAGCGUGGAGAACGCCAGGGCAUAUAAUGGGAAUCUGGUGGCCCAUUUAAGGGCUAUGACGGAGCCUGUGGCGACAUAUAUUUUUGCCAUGUAUGAUGAGGACCUGAAGCCCGGCCCGACUUCGGAGCGGUCUUUCGGGCUUUUUCGGCCCGACCUGACACCCACUUAUGAUGCCGGGCUGAUAAAUUCCGGCUCGGGUUUGGGCGGGUCAUCGAGCCCGGUGGCGCCGGGAGAAACGUCAAAGCCAGAGGAGGUGUGCGUGACCAGCACCGGCGGCACAUGUAGCCGGCCGGCGGUGGAGUACCUACCGAGCGCCGCCGUGGGAAGAUUUGUUAAUAUUUUUGGUAUAUCUCUGCUGUUUGGAUUCGCUUCUGUUUUUGGCGUCGAGCUGAUGGUGAUGAUGCAUAGAGAUUGAAGAACUGUACUUAUUGGGAU